GAAACAGGACGAACGGCCUUCAGCAGGACUUGCAAAAGCUAAAAAAGAAAAACCCGAAAAUAGCUUUACUCGCCAUCAUAGUAGUGUCGUAUAGUAGUAGUUGUACUAUUGUAGUAAACGUUUUUCAAUCGAAUUUCCCGAAAAGCCGAAUCAGAAUGGGGAGGCGAAAACAGACCACGGACCACGAGGAGGAUGUCCCUGCCAAGAGGUGGCGACUUCGGUGUAGAUACAGACACAACGCGGCUCACAGGAUGCCGGAUGGAUACCGUCUGUGUCUGUGUCUCUGCGCGCGCGUGUGUGUGAGUGUGUCCUAAGCUUCGACGAAGACGCGGACUGAGACAUUUUUCAGUGGUGACUUUUUCGACAAAAAAACACGGUUCAAUUCGGUUCGUUUCGGUCUCGAUUCGGAGCGCCUUUUCUUAUAACCCCCUGGGGGUAGUUGUUGCCUUUGCCCGAUGGUGAUGCUUGGAAGGAAAGCUUCUAAGGAGAACGGAGAAAAAAAAUGCAGAAGGAAACGUCCCAAAAACCCGAGUUGGAGAAAAAUAAAGCGGAUCAAGGAGAAGAAGGCAGUCCAAGGAGAGCAAGGAAUAAAGAUGGAACCGCCAGAAUGUGAAGAGUAAAUAACCUCAAAGGAACCGCGAACGCGUGCUCGCUCUGAAAAUGGAGAAGAUGAAUCCCCCGAAACGAUUCCAUUGAUGACACCCAGUCUCCCUCCACCCCUCCUACUGCAGACGCGACGCUAUGCACGAGGUCGCCGCAGAAGCUUUAGCAGGCGACAGAUGACGACGACGAAGAGGACGAUACCACAUGGCGGCAAGGCACCAAUACAACACACAGGAUACGGCCAACAGGAUAUUAAGGCACGCAGCAAAAUAAACAGAACCCAGACCUCCUCCAACCGUGCACCCAGCGAGCGACCGAUAGGAGCCUAUCGGUAGGACUAGGCAAACAAAUGGCGGCUUUUAUGGCAGGAGCAGCAGCAGCCGCCGGUGGAGGAGCUGUUGGCGGAGCCACUCGGGAAUUUGUCGAGGGCUGGACACUGGCGCAGACCCUCGGCGAGGGCGCCUAUGGCGAAGUGAAGCUGCUCAUCAAUCGACAGACGGGCGAAGCUGUGGCCAUGAAGAUGGUGGAUCUGAAGAAGCAUCCGGAUGCCGUCACAUCGGUGCGGAAGGAGGUGUGCAUACAAAAGAUGCUUCAGGACACACACAUUCUGCGGUUCUUUGGCAAGCGCUCGCAGGGCAGUGUGGAGUACAUCUUCUUGGAAUAUGCCGCCGGCGGAGAGCUAUUCGAUCGAAUUGAACCCGAUGUGGGAAUGCCGCAACACGAGGCCCAGCGCUAUUUCACACAACUCCUGUCCGGACUCAAUUAUUUGCAUCAGCGUGGCAUUGCCCAUCGUGAUCUCAAGCCGGAGAAUCUGCUGCUGGACGAGCAUGACAAUGUGAAGAUCUCCGACUUUGGCAUGGCCACCAUGUUUAGAUGCAAGGGAAAGGAGCGGCUGUUGGACAAACGUUGCGGCACUUUGCCGUAUGUGGCCCCCGAGGUGCUCCUGAAGCCAUAUCAUGCACAGCCUGCGGAUAUUUGGUCAUGUGGCGUCAUACUGGUCACCAUGCUGGCAGGAGAAUUGCCCUGGGAUCAGCCAUCGGCCAGUUGUCCGGAGUUCAUCAACUGGAAGGACAAUGAUCGCUGGCAAACACAGACGCCAUGGAGCAAACUGGACACGCUGGCCAUAUCCUUGCUGCGCAAAGUGCUGGCCACCAGUCCGGGCACACGCCUAACCCUGGAGAAGAUUCUCGAUCACAAGUGGUCCAACAUGCAGUUUACCGAGCACGAUCGCUCCUUUGAUUUGGUCGAUUCGGCGGCUGCCCUGGAGAUUUGCUCGCCCAAGGCCAAGCGACAACGUUUGCAGUCGAGUGCCCAUCUGAGCAAUGGCUUGGAUGACUCCAUAUCGCGGAACUACUGCUCCCAGCCGAUGCCCACGAUGCGCAGUGACGAGGACUUUGAUGUGAGAUUGCGCAGCGGUCGUGCCACUGGCGGUCAGGAGAAUCAGGCCGUGGCGCAGGAGGCGCGUCUCAGCUACUGCUUCUCGCAGCCGGCCCUGCUGGACGAUCUGCUGUUGGCCACGCAGAUGAAUCAGACGCAGAGCGCCUCGCAGAACUACUUCCAGCGUCUGGUGCGGCGCAUGACGAGAUUCUUUGUCACCACGCGCUGGGACGACACGAUCAAGCGGCUGGUGGGCACCAUCGAACGGCUGGGCGGAUACACGUGCAAGGCCAGCGAGGAGGGUGUGGUCACGGUAUCCACCAUUGAUCGGAACAAGCUGCGGCUGGUCUUCAAGGCGCACAUCAUCGAGAUGGAUGGCAAGAUACUAGUCGAUUUCCGCCUAUCCAAGGGCUGUGGCCUGGAGUUCAAGCGGCGCUUCAUCAAGAUCAAGAACGCACUGGAGGACAUUGUCAUGAAGGGGCCCACCACAUGGCCCAUUGCGAUUGCAACCAAUUCGGUGCCUUAGUUUUUAUUAGAAUUUUUACCCAAGACUUGACACUGUUUCAUUUGGAUACACUUCCAAGCAUCAAUCAUCACUACCUACCUUCGAAUAGUUUAAGCAAUUUGUAGCAUGUGCUAAACCUACUUUUAGUUCAUGCAUUAUCGACGAUUACGUUUCGUAUUAUUAGCGUAUUAUUACGAUACACUGCCUACUCUACUAUGAUUUUAACUUUGUUGAUUUUUAAACGAAUGCGCCGA